UUGUUAGUUUUGUUUUGCUAUCGUUCAGGAAGAAACAGGAAAUUUCAUUCUUUUUGUCAUUGAACUGCUUUCAAAGUUUAAAAAGGGUUCGAUAGAGCAGCAGAAAUUUUCUAUUCAUUUCUGGCUUCAGAUCAACAGGGUUUAAAUAUAAAGUUAAGAAUGCCAAAUGAGUUGGAAAUCGAAAAUUAUGUGAUUCAAGUUCGUGCCAAACUAAAUCAACAAAAAGUCAAACUUUGGGAACCUCCGUACUAUAAUCCAUCUACCCACAAAUAUGUUGAGUCAGAACUGGAGAAAUUGGCCGCUUCUUUUCAUGAAGAGCUGAAAAUAUCACUCAAGGACUGUCUGAGUGCAAUUCGAAGUCUGCAAGCAAAUGCGUUGGAUAAGCUGAGGUGCAAGGAUGAGUUUCUGAAGACGGGUGUCGCCACAAUACGAUGCCGGGCACCUACGCAGGGCACUGCAAAUCGACAUUUCGAUGUGAAGAUCAAAAUUUCUAGUCAUGGCCAGGAACUGAUUCAGUUGGUAGCGGAUAAAUUGGGGGUGGAUGGUUCACGGAUAAAACUAGUUUGUGCCGGAAAAGUUUUAGUUAACCACCAACCAUUGUUUGACCAGAAUGUUACCAACGGUGCUGUUAUCAUGGUCCUGAUUAUGGUACAAAGCGUUGAAGCGGUUCAACACGAAAGCAACAUAUUUGACCGGGUGCACAAGAUCCGGGCCGACGCAGAACUAAUCAUAAACGAUAAUGAGCGAUUUGAUUUUUUUAGUCUGGAAGAUCAAGAUGGAAAUGCUUUGCAUUUGCCUGCACUUGAGAAAAAAGCACUUUUGAUGGCUCUUACGUUGUACGAAAAAGGGAAAGUUGCUUUGAGGAAGGAAAACUACGAGGAAGCUUUGUUACUUUUCCUAGAAGCAGACAGCGACUUCCGUACAUGCAAUUCCCAAUUUUUAACUGUAGUUGACAACUACGCGUUGCUUAACAUGGAUAUUGUUUGGUGCUAUUUGUGUUUGAAGAAUAUAAGCCAACUGCCAGAUGCUGAGCAGCGUUUGAGACUUUGCGAGGAGAAGUUCCGUGAAAGCUACGGAGUUAAUAUGCAUCGAGUUACUACCAUAAAAGGAACCCAACAUUGUAGUGAGAAGGCACUGCUAUUGCGACUUCAUCUGCUAAAAGCCGUACUAUUUUUUCAUCAAAACAAGCGCAAAGAUGCCAUAACUAUGUUCGAGGUGGUACAAUCAGAACUGCAAUCGUUGAAAGUUGACGAUGCUUGUCUAACCACUCUCCUUGAUUGUGGAUUCGAAAUAACAGAAUCAAGAAUAGCUCUUCGAGCCUGCUCGAAUAAUGUGGAUGCGGCGAUUGAGUUUAUAAACAAUCGCAGGGAGAUGGUAGAUGCCAAUGAGAAAAAAUCGAAACGGGAAAAAAACCUCUACAAAAAGAUUGGUUAUCAAAAUGCGGAUGAAAAACGCAUUGACAUAAAUCAAGUUGACCAACUUGUAGAAAUGGGUUAUCCCGAAACACUAGCUGCUAUUGCUUUGAAACGAACGGGGAAUAACUUGUUCAAUGCAUUGAAUGAAUUACAACUCAAACAUAAGGAUUUAAAACAAGAAUUGGUGAAUUCAAUUGAGCCAUGCAAGGAGCUGAUUGACAAAUUAGUCGAUUUAGGCUUUCACGAAGAAGCUGCCCAAGUUGCUUUGAAACAAACCUGUAAUGGUUUUGAGGAAGCAGUAGAGUUUCUUAUAACAGCCCGUCGAACUAACGAGUAUGAUGCGCUACUUACUGCUGACAUCAAUGAGUUGAGCAGUGCGCCAUCGACUAUUCUCCCGACGGACACUACUAGUACGAGUGUUGCAGACAGCAGCUUCAAUGAAGAUACUUCCAUCGUGCCAAAUAUCGGACAGGCGGGCCCGUCACGAAAGAGGGCCAAAAACGAUAGCAACAGUGCCAGGAAAGAAAUGAUGGAUAUUUUGUACAAAAGUUUCUCCAAGGACAUGGAUACCAACAGCGAUACUUAUCUGGAUUUGCCGCUUGUUGAAGAGGCAACCGUUUUAGCUGAAUACAAAAAGUUGCUAAACAUGCAGUAGAGCCCAUUUUGAUUGGGCGACUGUUUGCUAAUCUAGCAUUGAUGAUGUAGAAACAGUAAUUGUGUGAUCAUAAAAGUAAUCAUGUAGUAUGCAUGCUGACGUUUCUAAAUAUGAUAACUUUUUCAUUUAAAAA